AUGUCUGUGAUAAUGUAUAGUGCGGCGGCUGUGUUUUGUGCGUUGCUGCAAGUCGGGUGGACUGUGUUCCCCCACGGCUCCGACAAGUGUGUUAGAGUGAACGAUAGAGACUCUGAAAGUAGUGCGCUUUGCAAAAUACGGACGCUGGAAUCGGACGGAAGCAGUAUAACAUCAGUGUCCUCAGACGUGCAUCGGCUAGCUAUCGAAUGCAAUCACCUUUUAUUAUUCGAGAGCACGCUAAGAGCGCAUUAUUUUAAUCCCGUCGCCGGUCUCACGGAAUUGUCAAUUAGCAACUGCAAAUUGCUUCAGAUACCGAACAACACAUUCCACGACUCGAAGAAGCUGAGAAAACUAAAGAUCCGCUCCAAAAACUACGAGUGGAGUCCUACUAAGAAUUUGGAGCUAUCUUUAAACUCUUUCAAUGGAUUAUCGGAAUUGCAGGCGUUGGAUCUCGCUCAGAAUAACAUCAAGUUUGUUCCUUCCGGCGUGUUCUGUUCUCUGGAAAACUUGAACUCUUUGAACUUGACGCACAAUAGAAUAAGAACGGUCGGUCAGCUCGGCUUCGGACAAGGAUGUGGCCUGAAUCUACAUCAUUUAGAUUUAAGUCACAACGAAAUCAAAUCGCUGUCCGCUGACUCGGAGCUGUUGAAAUUAAGGAGCUUACAGCAUUUAUUUUUACAACACAAUAAUAUAACGGACAUAUCAAGUGAAGCUUUCGACGGCCUUGUAUCUAUGAGGGUUCUUAACAUAUCACACAAUCGCCUAUAUACUCUGCCAGAGGGGCUUUUCGCGAAUGCGAGGGAAUUGAGAGAAGUAUACCUAAACGAUAACUCCCUGUUUGAACUAGCAAGAGGGAUUUUUAAUCGUCUUGAACAGCUGAUUGUUUUAGAUUUGUCGAGUAAUCAGCUUACCAGCAAUCAUGUCGACGACGGAACGUUUCUCGGUCUGAUUCGCUUAAUAGUCUUGAAUUUGUCUAACAAUGCGUUAACAAGAAUUGAUGGGAAAACAUUUAAAGACUUGUUUGUUCUCCAAAUAUUAAACUUGAAGAACAACUCAAUCGGAUACAUUGAAGACAACGCUUUCCUACCUUUAUACAACCUCCACACUUUGAAUUUAGCCGAAAAUAGACUCCAUACAAUCGACGAAAACUUGUUCAACGGACUUUUCGUUCUUAGCAAAUUGACUCUCAAUAAUAAUUUGCUUGUGAAUAUCGAUCGAAAAGCUUUCAAGAACUGCUCGGAUCUCAAAGAAUUAGACCUGAGUUCAAAUCAAUUACUCGAAGUUCCGAAUGCAUUGUGGGAGCUUCCAUUCUUGAAGACUUUGGACUUGGGCGAAAAUCAAAUAUCCGACUUUAGAAAUGGGUCCUUUAAGAAUCUUAAUCAACUAACCGGAUUACGACUUAUCGAUAAUCAGAUUGGCAAUUUAAGUGUCGGCAUGUUCUGGGAUUUACCAAGCUUGCAAGUGCUAAACAUAGCAAAAAAUAAAAUCCAAGCCAUAGAAAGGGGAACAUUCACCCGGAACGCACAGUUGGAAGCCAUAAGGUUGGAUGGAAACUUUUUAACUGACAUCAACGGCGUGUUUUCAACACUCUCCAGUCUAUUGUGGCUCAACUUAUCGGAAAAUCAUCUUGUGUGGUUCGACUAUGCGUUCGUUCCUAGUAAUUUGAAGUGGUUAGACGUUCACGGCAAUUUUAUUGAACACUUGGGCAACUAUUACAAACUACAGGAUGAAAUACGUAUAAAGACGUUGGACGUUAGUCAUAAUCGCAUUGUCGAAAUUUCACCCAUGGCCAUACCGAACAGUGUUGAGUUACUAUUCAUAAACAAUAAUUACUUGAACAGUAUUCAUGUGAACACGUUCUUCGACAAAAAGAACUUAACCCGAGUGGAUAUGUACGCGAACGAACUAGUGCAUUUGGAAUUAAACAGUUUGCGUUUAUCUACAGUGUCCGGUAACAGGAGCCUCCCGGAGUUCUAUGUCGGUGGUAAUCCGUUCCAAUGUGAUUGUACCAUGGAGUGGCUACCGAUUAUCAAUAAUAUGACCGCUAUGAGACAAUACCCGCGUGUGAUGGACUUAGAGAACGUUAUGUGUAAAAUGACGAACACUCGAAGUGGCACCCAUAUACCACUACCUAAUCUUAAGACGUCGGACUUUUUGUGUGAAUACGAAACUCAUUGUUUUGCAAUUUGUCAUUGUUGUGAUUAUGACGCCUGUGAUUGUGAAAUGACCUGUCCUCAAAACUGUACCUGCUAUCACGACCCGUUAUGGAAUACUAAUGUGGUCGACUGCUCCGGUCAGUCGUCUGUCGAGAUACCGCAUAAAAUACCCAUGGAUGCCACCGAGGUAUUUUUAGACGGUAACAACAUCAAGGAGCUACAGAACCACGUGUUCAUCGGUAGGCAAAAGAUGAGGUCUCUGUACGUAAAUAGUAGUAAUGUAGAUAGUAUACAAAAUAGGACGUUCGCGGGCCUAAACGCCUUAGAAAUCUUGCAUUUAGGCAAUAACAAACUUAAGGAACUCAAAGGAUACGAAUUUCAUCAACUAAAUAAUUUAAAAGAAUUGUUCCUACAAAAUAAUUUGAUAAGUCAUAUCGCAAACAUAUCAUUCCUAUCUUUGAAGUCCUUAGAAAUGUUACGUUUAGACGGCAAUCGUCUAGUAGACUUCGACGUGUGGACCUUUAGUAAUAGUCCUUAUUUAAAAGCACUGUCGCUCGGAAAUAAUUUAUGGUCUUGCAAAUGUAGGUUCUUACAAGAGCUCACUUCGUACUUGGCGGAAAAUGCACAAAAGAUUGUAGAUAUAGCUGACGUAUGGUGUUGGAACGGCGACGCGCGCCCGCCACAGAAAAAAGAGCUCAAUUUGAACGGCACUGCUUGCAGCGAUUAUUACGCUGAUAAUAACUCCGCAAUCGGUAGCAUGUUAGUCUCAAACUAUGUUCCCAUGAUGGUCUCGACUCUCACCGGUUUCAUGUUGAUUCUAUUGACCCUUGUCGUACUAUUCCUAUUUAGAGACUCGCUCCGAGUUUGGCUCUACACUAAUUGCGGAAUUCGCGUUUUCGCAUUAAACGGUUCGUUCGAGGAAAGCGAAAAAUUGUAUGACGCUUACGUUUGCUAUAGUCCUAAAGACGAAGAGUUUGUAAUACAGUCACUAGCGAAUGAAUUAGAGAAUGGCAGUCCCUCGUACCAUUUAUGUCUCCAUUAUAGGGAUAUACCUCACCACGGCGCGCAGUACAUGCAAUGCGCUCCGCCGGUGGUCGAGGCGGCGGAAGCGUCUAAACGAGUAAUACUAGUGCUAACAAGAAACUUUAUGCAAACAGAAUGGUCUCGGUACGAAUUCCGACAAGGGCUGCAUGAAGCACUUAAAGGAUGCAUUUAUAAAUUAGUACUAAUAGAGGAGUGCUCUGUGAUUGGGGACGCGAUGUGCGACCCCGAUUUGCGGCCGUAUCUCAAAACGGGGACCCGGCUGAGAUGGGGACAAAAGAGAUUCUGGGAGCGACUCAGGUAUAUGAUGCCGGACGCGUCGCACCCUAAUCGCAAGCGGCCUCACAAUUAUAGAAAAAACAUAAACACGUACACUUUAGAUUCCUCGGUGCCCGGUAGUGGGACUAGAACUCUCCCGUUUCCCGAUAAAUCUCCAGUCUUAAGUGGUGUUAUACAGGAAGCCAGUGCGCCGCCCGAGUAUAGCACUGAAGUUAGGCAAUCUCCAUCUGCCAUACGACAAUCAGCGGGUGUCGCGUACGGUCCUGACGGGAGACCUAUAUCAGACCAUAUUUAUUCGUCUAUAGACUCCGACUAUUCGUCGUUAGAACACGGCAUGGCGCCGGGUAGGAGACGAGACCAUCGUCAGUGGCCCCCUCCACCCCCACUCGUAGAUACGGGCAAUGCCGUUCAAGCGUACCUAGUCUAA